ACACUGUUUGAGCAAAUCCGGGACGAGCAGCAGGCUGCGGGAGUGUCUCCAUGGACACCCUUUGCUGAUGAAGAUGAUUGGCGGCUGGGUGAGUGGCUGAUUCGGAAUGUGGGUAAGGGCGAGACAGACAAAUUCUUGAAGUUACCUAUGGUGCGGAUCCUAUUUGAACAUUGUUGUAUUUCCAGAUGUGCCUCCCCCUCUUACAAGACUAGCCGAUCAUUUCUACAGAAGGUCAAUGCAAUUCCUACAAGGGGUGCCAAAUGGCAUCGGGAUAUCAUUACAGUUGGCGGUGACCGCUUCAAUGAAGAUGGAAAGAUCAUGAAGGAGAAUCUGGAGCUGUGGCGCCGGGACCCUGUCAAGUGUAUCCGGGAGUUGAUCGGGAACCCUGCCUUUCGAGAGAAGCUUGCGUAUGUCCCCGAGCGAGUCUACCGUGAUGAGACAUCUCGUACUCGAGUGUAUGAUGAGAUG